ACUUCCUGUCUGUCGUAAAGAAACUGCAUGAAAAUGAGGAAAAUGUUUUAUUAUUGACGGAACCAACUUUACACAUGUUGUCACACAAAGAGAGAGAAGGAUGUAAAUCCAUCUUGAACAAACUUCCUCAACAGGAUUUAAUAAAUCUCACGGAUACAGUAACGAACCGAGUAGUAUCGCCUGAAAAUACUACUGAGGCAGUCAAUGCCAUUCUAAGUUACAGCCAUACGGCCUCACAGUUGCUGAAAAGGAAGAAAGUAAAGAGAGAACAUAUCUAUCAGUACUUGGCAGAAAAAGGGAUAAUUGAACCUGUUGCGUCUGACAAGCCCACCUUGAUAAAAAGGGCAUUAUUGUAUUGGGGCUCUAGCAAAGAGGAUAGCGAAGAGGAGAUUGAAAAUGAGUCUGAAAACCUGCCAGCAUCAGAGCCUAAGUCAGCAAUUUCACGCAGUGAUACUAGCUGUGCAAAUCCUCCCUUUGACAACAGUGUUGAUGGACAGCAGUUAGCUGAAUAUUUUAUACCCUGGUUCUACAAAAUCUUGAACUCUUUCAAUACCCUCUCUGACAACACUUCACAGGAAUGGGGUCCACAGCAUUUUUGGGAAGAUGCAAAAGGAUCAGUGCUUGUAGUAUCUAAUGGACAAGUAUUUGAUGAGUGCCAAGGAGCGAUGGCAGUUAGUACAAAACUUCAAGAACUUGUUUGCAAAGAAAAAAUACUCUUUAAUGCAAAUUUAAGUGGGGCAAGGGGCCACAUAGAUGCUUAUGGACUUGUCAAAAUAUCAGUUGGAGGCACAGUCCAUAGAUUUUCCAACUGCCUUGGAAUUUUCGAACAAUCAUUCGGACUCAUUCGAGACCCACAGAUGCAAAAUAACUGGAAAAUUAAAUUUACUGAGCUAAAACUGAAAGCACAGCAACAACAAAAUGAAGUGGAAGGUAUCACAAAAAAGGCUAUUACUUAAACUAAGAAGAGAAUGUUAUAUAAAUAGACUGUAGUGUUAAUGUAAAUGUGUAGGAUAAGGAUAGUGGACAGUGUCACUAUUUUAACACUAUGGCUGUUGUCUUAAAUAGCGAGCGUCACUUUUUUUCUUGUUUUCAAGUACUUGCCAAAUAUAUGAAUUAGAGAAAAAAAACAAGAGGAAAAAAUUUCUUUCUCUAUUUCUUCACCAAGUUCAAAACUUACCAUCUUUCUUCUUCUAUUUACAAACAUGACACUAUCGACAUUGCUGAUCCUAGCAGUAGGUAUCCAGUUAGAUCGCACCAUGGUUAAAUUGCUCCCUGUAAGAUUGCUCCACUCGAAAGUUAGAUUGCUCCAUCAAAUAAGUCACUUUGCUCCAAACAUAAGUUACUUCGCUCCAUGUUGUUAUGUGAAGUAUUUCUUAGCAAUGAUCUUUAAAGUUCAUA